GAAUACAUAACCUAUAUUCCUUCACCUUCACUUCACUCUCAGAUCGCUCUUUCUGUCACACACUCACAUUCCGGUGCAAAAUGAAGGUCAUCGCCGCCUACUUGCUCGCCGUAUUGGGAGGCAAUGCAGCCCCUUCCGCUGAUGACUUAAGGACCAUCCUUGGCUCCGUUGGAGCUGACGCGAAUGAUGACAACAUCAGCAACUUCUUGUCUGAAGUUAAGGGCAAAGACAUUGCGGAGCUUAUCGCCGCCGGUAGGGAAAAGUUGGCCUCCGUGCCUUCUGGCGGUGGCGCCGCGGUUUCCGUGGCCGCUGCUCCCGGUGGUGGCGCUGCUGCACCGGCUGCCGCCGAAUCUAAGAAGGAGGAAAAGGUGGAAGAGAAGGAGGAAUCGGAUGACGAUAUGGGAUUCAGUCUCUUUGAUUAAUUGGUAGGGUUUUCAACCUUUUUUCGGAACAUAUUGUUGAUUUAGAGGUCCUUAGUUUGUCUUUUUUAUUUUUGAGUAAAGUAGUACUAUUCGUAGCCAAUGAAUUGUGUGAUUGAAAGAUUUCGGUUUAAUAUUGAUUACUUUCGUGAUGUUGUUGAACUUUCUUCCGUGAUUUACUGUUAUAUAUCUAUCCUUCAUUUAGUUUUUCGUCGA